CGAUGAAGCGAUGAAACCGGGCAUGUGUCGGUCAUGGCUAACUUUCGGAUUUCGUUAGCCGUCGCGGUGGUUCACGUCGUCCUGUACCGAGCCUGCAACGCUCUGCGGUGUAACUGCACCACCACUCAAUGCCAGAAGACUGGCUCCCAGUGUGAGACUGAUGGGGCCUGCAUGGCUUCCACCUUCUUUAGCAAUGGCCAAGAGCAGCACAUCCGCGUCUGUAUCACACGGGACCGUCUCGUGCCCCCUGGACAACCAUUCUACUGCCUCAGUGCAGAGGGUUAUCUCAACACCCACUGCUGCUACACUGACUACUGCAACAGCAUGGACCUCAAAAUACCCUCUGUGACACCACCGCCAGAACUGGGGGGAGGCUACGGUCCAGGUGGGACAUGGGGGCUGGUGGAACUAGUUGCCGUGAUUGCAGGGCCACUGUUCCUGCUGUGUGUGCUGCUGUUGGUGAGCGUGUUCCUGUAUCAUUAUCACCAGAGGGCCUACAACCACAGGCAAAGGCUGGAGGUAGAGGAUCCAUCCUGUGAACACCUCUACCUGGCCAAAGACAGGUCCCUGCAGGACCUCAUUUACAAUCUGUCCACAUCUGGUUCGGGCUCAGGUCUGCCUCUGUUUGUUCAGCGGACUGUAGCCAGAACAAUUGUCCUGCAGGAGAUCAUUGGUAAAGGGCGGUUUGGGGAGGUUUGGCGAGGACGAUGGAGGGGUGGCGACGUGGCGGUGAAGAUCUUCUCAUCCAGAGAGGAGCGCUCCUGGUUCCGUGAGGCUGAGAUCUAUCAGACCAUCAUGCUACGCCAUGAAAACAUCCUGGGCUUUAUAGCUGCUGACAACAAAGACAACGGCACAUGGACUCAGCUGUGGUUGGUAUCAGACUACCAUGAGUACGGCUCUCUGUUUGACUACCUGAACCGCUACUCUGUCACUACUGAGGGAAUGAUCAAACUGGCACUGUCAGCUGCAAACGGCCUUGCUCAUCUGCACAUGGAGAUUCUUGGAACACAAGGAAAGCCAGGCAUCGCCCACAGAGACCUGAAGUCCAAGAACAUCCUGGUGAAGAAGAACUGCACCUGCGCCAUCGCUGAUCUGGGCUUGGCUGUCCGUCAUGACUCUGCAACGGACACAAUCGACAUCGCCCCCAAUCAGAGAGUGGGCACCAAGAGGUACAUGGCUCCAGAGGUUCUGGAUGAGACUAUCAACAUGAAACACUUUGAGUCAUUCAAAUGUGCUGAUAUCUACGCUUUGGGGCUGGUCUACUGGGAGAUCACCCGUCGCUGCAACAGUGGAGGUGUCCAUGAAGAGUACCAGCUGCCCUACUUUGACCUGGUACCUUCUGACCCGUCCAUAGAAGAGAUGAGGAAGGUGGUGUGUGACCAAAAGCUACGACCCAGUGUUCCAAAUUGGUGGCAGAGCUACGAGGCCUUGCGGGUCAUGGGUAAAAUCAUGAGGGAGUGUUGGUAUGCUAAUGGAGCUGCCCGCCUGACAGCCCUGCGCAUCAAAAAGACCUUGUCCCAGCUCAGCAUUGACGAGGACAUUAAAAUCUGAGCUAUGUAAGUCAGCAGAGCACUGAGCAGGACCUGCCUCGGACACUGAUGGGAAGAGGUCAGGCCUCCUACAAAGACUGCACAAAGUACGAGAUUUUAAUAGAGGGUGGCACUUUGUAAAAUAUCGAGAUACUCCUGCCAGUUUUGAAGCCACUUGAUUUCUGACAAACCCUACCUCGCUUACCCAGCCAAAAUACACAGAACCACCUUUCCUGUCCGGUCCUCAGCUACUGCUGCCCCACCUGAACUUUUUUCGUUUCUUUCUACACACUGACCUACCAAGGACUCUUUGACUUCCUGUGUACUUGUAUGCAAUCAAUAUGUAAGUAACCAAGUAACAUUUUAAAUAUCGGUUGCAAAGUCUCUUUGAUCACAGUUGCUCAUUAGCUAACAAGUGGCAUUCGUGCUUAUUGUCUUUGUGAGGCAGCGAUAACUUAUUAUUAUUUAUUCUGUUAUUUAAAUGAGUAGAUCUAUUGUUUGUGAUGCACUGUUGAGGUUUUUCUGCCACACCUGCAGCAGGCACACCACAAAGGAUGUUACUCAUUUUACAAAUAAUACAUCUGGUUCUGCUACAGCAGAGUGAUUGUGUUAAAUGCUAAUUACGUUGUUAGCAUGUAGGUUAGACUUUUUGUGUAAAUGCAGCCCGGUGACUUUUAACAUGGGGGUCACUGCAGCAUUAUGGCGACUUGCCACACAGGAUUUAGCUUUGGACCACUUGUCUGAAACCUUUCCCAUACGCUGGUUUAAACUCAGGUUUUCUUUAUGCUUACACAUCAACAAGCUUUUUUUUUUUUUGCCUGUUCAGAGCCUGGAUAAGCAAAAGACACAUUUAGAUAAUAAUAAUAAACAAAAACGCGCUGCAUUAGGACGAAGGGUUAGCUGUUGAGCAGCAGCUACCACUGACACAUUCACUGACUUCUGAUCAGGAUAUCAACCACAGAAAAUGCUACAUGAAGCCUGCAGCACAAUGGUACAUGUAGUCCAUCUGUAUUAUAGUCUCUUAGGGGUGCAUAGCCUAAAAUAAGAGACGACAUUCCUUCAGCUCCCUGAGAUAAGCUGGUAUACACAACAUUAAGACAAACCUUCAUCCCUUGGAGCAGCCAGUACUACUUACCCUAAAUAUGGUCCAAAUACACAUAACUCCAGGAAUCUGAAUGAUAGCUUGUUUUGAUGUUGAUUUUUUUUAAUACUGUUACAACAUGUUCCUCUCCCCUCAGGGCUUGCUAUCCCUGGCCAAGUAUAACUACUGUACUGCACAUAAACUAGCUUUUUAAGGUGAUACUUGUGUAUAUAACAAAUGAAAAUUAGGUUUAAGUAUGUUUUAAAUGGUUGACUUUUUUGUACUGGCUUUAUAGUUUGUGGAUAGAAUCUGUAAACACAAUUAUGUAUAAGUAUACUCUCUGACAUCUCAAGUAACAUUACUGUAAAUGAUAUGACGAUUGUUUCCUCUAAUUCUAGCUUUUUGUGUUUGUUUUCAGGAAAUAGGUGCACUUUUGUGUUGAGCUUUAUGCAAAUCCUGCAGGUACUGUUUGUGUGUAUAGAUGUUCCCAUGUUAUUUAAGUGUGUAUGCUGUGAGUCCCUUUGACAGCCCGAAAGGCCACAUGUGCACUACUACUGACCUCACAGCAUUAAAACCAAACUGUUCCCAGAAUCAUCUCUGGCCAUGGCCUCCGGUGUUUAUUUAGGAUCACACCACUGAAAAUGAGAAUGUUUACACAAAUCAUGCCAGUCAGUUGCAAUACCUUUGUUCUGACUGGAAACUGUAAAGAGAAUCAGGCUUCUCCCUUGAUCUCUGGGAGAAAAAAAAUGUGGAAAUUGAAUACUACUGAAAUGUCUCAGUGCUGUUUCACAAUCGUCUCUGACCUGCUGUUUUUGUUUUAGAAUCAUCUAAACACAAGACGUUUGUAAGAGCGGAUAAACUGCCCUUGAUGCUGUUGUUUUUGGCGGGAAACACUGGGGAGCUUUACUGAAUGUGAACCAUAUUUUUACACUGAACAGUUGCAUUUGCCUUACAAUGUAGAAGUGCGUAAUGAAAUCAAGCUUUUUUUUUUAAAUACUGUAUUCCCAGUAUCUCUUUGGAAGAAUGGCGGGGUGUGAGUCCAGUUAUGUCAAAGAAAUGCAUCCAUGUAAAAACCCCUUCAGGACAUUGAUCAUGUAAACUUUAAUAUGGAGUAAUAAUAAAUACAGUUGUUUUCCUA